UUAAAAUGUCAUCACAAAUGAAAAGAUUAAAAAAAUUAACAAAAAACAAAUAAAGAAAGAAUACUCCACAAUCGACGGAAUGACAUUCAACAAAAGAGAGAAACACACUAAACGAAAACAAUUUUUCGACAAAACGAAAUGAAGAAGCAUCAGCCUCACAAUGGGGCCCGCUUAGAAAAAAUUCAUGAAUUGCAACAAAAGAAGAGGCCACACAAAACAGAAGAAGGCAACAAGAAUAAUGGCACGAAAACCGGUAAUACUAAUAAAUACAAAGCCAAUUACCUGGACAGCUUUACAAUGCCCGAUGAUGAUAAUGACGGUGGCGGUGUUGAUAAUGAAGACUUCUUUCUCUACUAUGAAGUUCAGUGAACAAUGCUUUGGAAAGAAAGUAAGGCAAUCGAGUGGUGUCAUCCAUUCAGCCACCAGUCAAGCCAGCUCGACCGCCGUUCGAUUUUGUGGAUUAACCUACGUGACUCGUGUUCCUAAGGAUUACCAACGACCAAAGCUACUCCCCAUAUUGAUUUGAACAGAAAAAUGGCAGCUCAACAACAAGUCUUCUACUCCUUAUUGAUCGUGUGUUUCCUGUUAAAUGCUGUCUUGUGUGAAACCACCAGUGAUAAUGGAGGUGAAAUUAUCGACUCAGAUGUUGCUGAGGGUCGUACCUUUGGCCAUCAUUUCCUGAAGCGUAUGAGCUUUGCUGUGGUUCCCGGUGCUUUUGUGGUCGGUGUCAUUACCACCUUGUUGGCUGCCUUAACCGUGGUCUCCAUGAAGGGUUUGGGUGUUGGUGUCAUUCUAUUGGUUUUGGCUAUUGGUCAAAUGUUGUCCCGGGCCAUUCCCACCGUUCAAGCGGCAGCCUAUCAUGCUCCCGCCCCAGUGCCCGUAGUGUACUCCCACAGUCACACCCAACAACCUGUAUGGCUAGAAAAGGAAUGGUAAAUCCCUUAAAUUUCCCAAAUUUAUUCCCAGCCUCCCAAUCCCAACAUUUUGGAUACCUCGUUUAUUCACCAAGCGUAGACUCCUUGAAAUCACGUCCACUGGCCUAAGGGGCGGGAUUUAGAUGGUGUCCUCGCCCAUGUAAAUGUUCAUGCUACCAAAAACUAAUUUUAAGUUUUAGUUUAUUUAUUUAGUUAUUUAUAUUUACUAUUAUUUAUUUAUUUAUUUUCUAUUUAUUGCGAUGGUCGUUGGAGAAGAGUAGGGGGAAAAGAAAGAAAUCCCAAAAAAUAACUCACGAAAUUUAUGUAAACAAAAUCUAAACAGAGAAAUGUAAUAA